CCUCACAGAGACAUGAUAUCUUAGUGGAUCUUUGUUUUCCAAUGUUUUCGCCAGCCAUGCUUUUGUUUUCCUCGCUGUCAGAGCAGAGUUUGUGGCACCCCAGGUUGGUUUGUUACGUUGAUCCGCAUGACGUCAUGCAGUGGUCAGUUUAUCGGCCCGCUGUUUAGCCGAUUUGUUCGGGCACGUGGUUUUGUAUGUUCUUUUAUAAACGCCAGUCUGAUUUCCUCUCAGUACUGGGAUUUCACCUGUGAACACACGCUAUCAUUUCACUUCUAGUUACUUCCACCAACUGUCUCCAACUUUCAAGAUGUCCACGCUUGGCUUAGUUUACUACGUUGAACCAAUGGAGUUGAUGGAAGCCAUACCAGAUGAAGAUUUUGCAACUUCAUGUUCCAGUGAUGUGGACACAACCUUCGACAUGACGAUUGGCCAUAUAGAGGACAUCAUUAUGGACGAGGAGUUCCAAGCGAUGCAAACAGACUUCAUGGAGAAGUAUUAUCAAAACUUUGUUGACACAGAGGAAAAUAAAUUCAUUUACACAGAUAUUCAGAAGGAAUACACUCAGCUAAUUGAGAGGAGACUGGAACAGGAGUUACUACAGAGGAUACCAGGUUUUAACAUGGCUGAGUUUACUAGGCAGUUGAUAACCAGAAAGAAUGAGCUUGAAGGAGAAAUCUUUGAGAUUUUGCUAACUUUCACAGACUUUAUGGCAUUCAAGGAAAUGUUUUUGGAUUACAAAGCAGAGAAAGAGGGCCGUGUUGUAGACUUCAGUGAUGGAAUUCUCGUUACACCAUUAGCCAAAGACUCUGCCUCAGACCUUGUGUUAGACAGUGCUCCCUUGUCUCUCUCCGGUCAUCCAUUUAUCUCACAGUAAUCUCGCCAUGGUGCCUCUCCCCAGUUAACCCCGUCCAGUCCGCGCUCCUACCUUGUGUGCAUUGUCAUGUGGGAACCAAAGGGUCCAAACUCUAUCACAGAUGUCUCAACAUGUCAUUUUGUGAGAAACCAAAGGGCCUACCCAAUCAGUGAAAUUUGUGAAAUAUUGGAAUAUACUCUUGUGGUUAUGGAUUUGUCAGAAGGUAUACAAGACUUGAUCUGCUGCAUGUGUUUUUGAGAGAAACUGACCUUUUGGUUUCACGGAGUAUGUACGCACACUCAGGUCUUCCCUUAACCUGCCUGCUUGUAUAAAUAUGCUGAUUAUAUGACACUGUAAACCCUGUUGCUGAAGCACCAACUUGUAAUCUCUGUAACAUCAUUAACAUAACCUGUCUGUAUUAUAUACACUCUUCUUGGGUUCUUUAAAAGAAGUCCUCAAAAAUCAUUUGGGUGAAUAUCAGAAGGAGGCAAAGCAAAUUUUAUCUUUUCAACAUCAGGCUUUUAUUAUUUUGAUUUACCAGUUUUGGAGAAGCCAUUCAGAUAUAAAUUUUACAUUUUUCCUGUGUGAAAUCAUUGCAGAAUAGUUCAAGGAAUCUACAACAUUUUACUGUCAUUUUAUUUCCAAACACUAUACAAAAAAAUGUGGAGUUUACCCUGCCCAUUUCUAAUUGAAGAUCAUAAUCUGAGGUUACAUUUCGUAUUCGCUGUAGAAUGUGUCUUAUUAAAGUAUUAAAUGUUUGACACGUUUGAUACAAUUUCCAGUGUCAUGAAAUUGUUUGUUGAAAUGGUAACAUUUGAAUUAGGAGUGUGUUAAUUUUUACAAUGUGUGUAUAAUGAUCGCAUAAAUUGAGGUCCCAAAAUGUCACCAGAUUUAGCUGUAAAGUGAAGUGUGAAGAUUGUGUUCUCUAAUUUCUAAUGUAGGUCCUAUUGCCGGAGCAUAAUUAGUGCCAAGAGUGUUUUUUUAUUUAUUUGUUUAUUUCAUGUUAAUAGAUGUAUGUUUUAGAUCUUUGACCAGUAUGGGUAGAUGUCAUUAGGCCUUACUGGGAACUCUGCCUGCCCUGUCAUAAUAUUAUCCUCUACUGUGUAAAAACAUGUUGUUCUUAGCUCUAAUGCAGCAUUACUUGUGUAACAAACACUGUCCUACCUCUGUGAAGCAGUCAGCGUAAUUUGGGAUUAUUUUUGUGUUGAGGCAGGCAGAGUUUUCCAUGUUACCCUGAUAUGCUUGAAAAUGUGAUGGUUAGCUUGACUGUACCACUGCUGAUUGCAGGCCAUAAACGAGUACUGUUUAUAAUGAUGUGAUUGGUUAUGUAGUGUUCUGUCCCAGUUAAGAUAUUCUGCUCUGCUGUGCAUCAAUUGCUGUGUGAAAAACGUGAAUGUGGUACCUGUUGCCACUUAAAAUGUGUGGUACAGGUUGCUACCUAAAAUAUGUGGUACAUAUUUUGUCCAGUGCUCCAUGCCCUGUAUAUAACCGUCUCAAUGCUGAAGCAUUUGUAUUCUCCGUCCACUUUCUGUAGUGUAAGUUGUAACAUGAAGAUAUUGUAUAUUUUAAAUCUCACGUUAAAUUGCACUGUGUUUGAAAGACUCCUGUCUGUCUUGUACAGGUAUUGCCAUGGUCAUUGUUGGUUUGCAGGACAUUUAGAACGUGUAGAAAGCUAAAUUUUCUUUUCAGGUGUAUUGUCAGUAAUGUCAGUGCAAGGUAACAUCUUUGUGAUGGUUAGUAUCUGUCGUAACCUUAGACAUUUGUCUAAUGCUUUAGUUUGUCGUAGGUUUUUGUGGGUUUUGUUUUUUUUCAAACAUGACGUAUUGUAAUUUAUAUGUACUUUUCUGUGUUUAACUUAUGCUGUUUAAUCAUAAUUUAACGAGAUAUGUUCACUAAUGUGGCGGUUACAAACAUAAUUCUCAUCAGUAAAGGAAGAUUUCUCAUUGUAUGGAUGGUAGAAUGUGUUCGAAUCUUGCUUUGUAUCAUGCCUUUAGAACAAAACUGGAACGCUUUGGUCCGAAGACUCCAGGAAUACAUUUAUCCAUAGCAACUAAAACUUGUGCCAAAUGCUUCCCUCAAUCCAACAUUUCCACUGAAAUGCAGGAAAGCAAAAUUGCUUGUAGACUAGAUGUAUUGAUUUAUUUACAGGGCAGAAAAUGCCAGAUGUGGGAACACUUACAGCCAAAGUAGUGUGCUCAAGCAAAACAUUUAUUCAGUUGUGUGAUUGGUGUUUUACGCCAUACCCCAAGAAUAUUUCACUUGCCACAUACGAUGGCAGUCAGCAUAAGGUGGUGAGAAGAAACUCAUGACCAUCCACAGGUUGCUGGAACACCUUUCCAUGUAAGACCGGACAGGAAACCAGCAGCCCCUGGAUUUGAACUCUAAGCAAGUGAAACAUUUCAAUUUUAUCUCAUCCUUGCAUUAAAGUCAGAUUUGAUAUGAAUGCCCAUAUAAACCGAAGGCUGUUUAUCCAUGUGUAAAGUAACUGCUGCUUGUGCUCCUCUCAUGUCCUUUUACUUAAUCUAGAACUAGACCAAAGCUUACUUCCAGAUUCCAAAAAGCUGUUUGUGACUCAAGUCAAAAUUUAAAACCUCUUCACAAUGCUCAUUUUAUGGUACUGAAAGUUGAAAUUUAGACACACUUGCCCCAGAGCUGUUUCACAAGUAGGUAGUGAACAGCCAACCAAAAUACAGGAAGAAUUCCUUUGUGUGAUCAUCCUUGGAACAAGUUUCACUUUACAUCGGAUAAGCUACGAGCCCAGGUUGGGAGGAUUUGACUUUGAAAGUCUGACCAGUUGUGGAGCUCUCACUAUUGAGAUCUUCAUGACACGUGCACAUGAACAGCUUUUAUAUCUGUUUGGAGACACAGUUUUUGUUUGAUCACUUCAAAGUCAAGAUGGCAUGGAUUCCUUCACACAAAAACACACACACACAUAUUUGUAACUUUAUAUAAAUCACUACAAUAAAUCAAAUUUAUAAUCGUUUUACAACACCUACAUUGUUCGUUUUUGGAAAUCUGUUGUCAGCUAGUAAGGCCCAAACCUCCACACAUAUCUAAGUUUACAACAGUGCUGUGUAAGGUCAUUAAUUCUUCUGUAGUUUCCCCAUAAUAUGACGUUUUCUGUACAGCUGUAAUGUAUUAAUAUCUUGUUUUGUACUUGUAUGUAGUUCUUUAUAGCCUUGGACAAUAAAUUCACAUGAG